AUGGACGUUGUGAUUGGUGCUACUUUGGCUGGUACUCUGCUGAUUGCUUGUGUCUCUUUUCUAGCUGGUGGUCGUAUCUCUCAUAAUGGUGAAAGACAUCAAACAUUAUAUCAAAGGCCAUCGCCUCAAAUACAUCAAGCUUCAUCACAGCGGCCGUUUCUGACCUCUCAAGAGAAUGCAAAAAGAAUUUCAUAUCAGCGCCAUUAUAGUCAACCUAAUGAGUAUUCAAAGCUGAUUAAUAUUGAAGCUCGCCAGGCUCUUAAUUAUGUGGAAGAUGGAAAUAAAUCUGAGCAUGAAUCAGUGAAAAGGCCAAGUCAAAUUAUCAGACCUAAUGAUAACUCAAAUUUUGUUAAUAAUGAGGUCAAUCGGGGUUCUAAUAAUGUGGAGGAUGAUAAUAAAGCUGAAAGUGAUUCAGUGAAUAGGUCAAACCAAAUCAAUGUUCCUUCUUUAAAUAGAGAAAUCUCCCCACCAAAAACAAGAAGAAGAAAAAGGGGGAUUAGACAACCACUGCGGUUUAAAAGGGAUCAGUAUACUAGAGAACAGCUUGAUUUCUUUAAAAAGAUUGAAAUCGAAUAUAUCAAUUGGUUUAAUUCUAGAAAAUCCAAUGAAAAAGAUCUUAUCGGGUUCCAUUCAUCAAAAAUAAUCAAAGAUCAUUUGAUGACUUCGGAUCGUUGGGAUCAAUGGUACAAAAAUUCUAGAGAAUUUGGAUUAUUAAAUCAUCUUUACGAUGCAACUUACAUGCGCUCAUAUGAUGUUUUUAAUGGUCUUCAUUUAUCAACUUUAGGAUACUUCAGGCCAUUCAGAAAUCCAAAGACAUUACCUUAUCAACAUUCACCAAUACCAAUGAUUGAAUGUGAUUAUUUUAAAGUAAAUAAAGUUCAAGAGUUCUUCAAUCCUCAUAUAGCAACGUUUGAUAAUUAUCCCAAAUUCGACUUUGAUCCAUUAUUUAAAAGCACAUUUAAUAUUGUUGAAGAUUUAUUUAGUGUAUUCGAUGGUGAUUGUGAUCAAAUCUUAUCAAUCGCAGAAGCACAUGGUAAAGAUUAUACUGUUUUUGAGCUUACAGCUUCACCUGGCCUACCAUUUUUGAGAUUUGCUAGUGUAAAAGCUGACUGUCUGGAUUGGAUUUCUGAGCUAUCACUGAACACAUAUAGAGAUGUUCACAAAAUGGGUGCUAAAGCGUUAGCACCUGUUUGUUUUGGUAAAAAAUACAUUUUGGAUGAUUCAAAUAUUAAACAUGAUACUGAAGAUCAAUCUAAUAGUUCAAUACGAAGAGAAAGAAAGGAAGCGAAAAAGCUUAGGAAAACUGAAAUGGAAACCCAUAGCACAAAUGUGGAUCAAGAGGAGAGGCUUGAAUCGAAUGGUGAUUUCUAUAAUGAAAAAUACAUGGGCUCUUGGUGUUAUCCUGCUAUAACUACAGUUUUUGAACGAAUGUUCACCACUCCAAUUUAUAAUGAGAUUGUUGAUCCUAAUAAUUGGUCAAAAUCACCAUUUAAAUUACCAUAUGAAAACUAUUAUAAUAAAUUAAAUAGUUAUGGUAACUUCCGUUAUUGUGAAUUUGAAAUAUUAAACAUACAUCAAAAUAUCCCACCAUAUUUUUUGAGAAAUACAUUCAAGAUUAUUCAUCGUUGGAUUUUCAAUAAAGAUAUCAUUAAUAAUAAUCAUAAAGGACGUAAAGAAUCUGAUUCAUCAAACCAUAGAUUAUUUAAAGCAUUAGAAGAUUUCUUCAUAAAUACUUUUAUAGUAUCACCAAAAGGUCAACUUAUAAGGAAAUCACAUGGUGCAGCAUUUGGAUCAGAAUUUACAUUAUUAGUAAUUUCAAUAAUGUCAACAUUUUUAGGUGUUUAUUGUAUGCUUAAUCAAGGUGUUGAAGUUGAACCAAAGAAUAAAAACAUUGUUGUAUUAGGGAAUUCAGUAUCAAUGUGUGUUCCACAUACUUUUAAUGUUAUACAAAUGAUUAAAGAUAUUGAAUCAUUUGGAUUUGCAGUUGAUGCAACAAAUCUUCAUUUUGGUAAAGAUCAUAGUUUUGAAACUAAGAAAGAAGAAGUAUCACCCACUUCUGAUGAUCUUGAAUUUGAAGAUAUAAGUGCUUAUUAUGAUGAUGAACUCUGA